AUGGAGAGAAACGGUGCUGAUUUUCCUCAAGCACUAGACCCCACACGCCACUUCCACACAGUGCUGCUGGAUCAGAGACAGAGGCUGCAUGGCCAAAUCGCACAUCUUCAUGAGGUGGCUGAGAAAAUCAGCAAGCUUCGCAAAAGGUCUCUAAUUGCCAAUAUCAGCGGGAGCUCCCUGACUGCUGCAGGAGCAGUCACGGCCAUUGUGGGACUGUCCUUGAGCCCAGCCACCCUGGGAGCCUCUCUCCUAGCAUCAGCUGUGGGUCUGGGGCUAGCCACUGCAGGGGGAGCUGUCAGCAUCUCCUCCGAUCUCUCCUUAGUGCUCUGCAACUCCAGGGAGGUGAAAAAGGUCCAGGAAAUUGCAAUGACUUGUCGGAAACAGAUGAGGGAAAUCCUUGGCUGCUUGGAAUUCCUUCGCCGGGGGCAGSGCCCAGGGGACCCCACUCUGCUCCAGUCUGAGAAGAGGGCCUCCAUCUCACUGUACAACUCCAUCUGCUUCAUGGUAUUUUAUGGCUCCCACAGCUUCCUUGUGCCAGAAUACACAAAGGAGGUCACAAAAGUGAGCCAGACUGUGCUGAAGGCCAAAAUACAGAAGCUGGCUACUAACCUCGAGACCUGCACCAGAGCAAUGGAUGAACUCUGUGAACUACUCGAGUCCAGGACAGAGCUUUCCUCACACACAAGAAACCUCAGCUUUGGCCCUAAAGACACUGCUAAGACCCCAGGACCAUCCAGCUGAA